AGGGCAGCAUUUAAAAUUUUCAUCUUGAGCAGUUUAAGAAUAAAAACCCAAAGGAAACAAAAAACGCAGCAGCUUGUAUGUAUGUAUGUAUGUAUGCAUAAAUAAAAUAAACACAGCCGUACCAUGUAUACGUGUACAUAUAUAUACGUACGUAGUAGGUAGGUUACUUGCCACGCAUCUCUGCGUCAAUCCAUCCGUACAUUCAAUACAGUGAUUGGCCUGCACGAACCACAGCCUUUUUACUUUUGAGAAUUUGAGUACUCCGCCACCGCUUGUUCUUUGUUUACGUUUCUACAUAUGCCACAGGAUUAUUUAACCACAACGCUGACAGUUCGUACCCCUCCCGCAAGUUACGAAUAGUUGGGUAGCUAGUAGGCACAGUUGCGAAUAAGUAGCCUCAUAUAAAAGCGAACAGCUGCACUGCACGCUUGACGCUGUAUAAUAAAACCCCCCCCUCUAAAGCUACGCACCCACUCUGCCGCCUUCACAAGGCAUACACAUAUAGAAGGAAGUUUCAACGAAGCAAAAUGCAUGACGAUAGAGUAAACUCCAAAGAUGAAAUUUCAUCGAGCUCCUCCUGUGAAGAAAAUGACGAAAAUAAAAACAUUUUAAACCCACCAAACAGGACAAAGAUGAGCAAGGGGGAAAGAAGGGCCAGGAAGAUGCUCGUCAAGCUUGGCUUAAAGGCAGUCCCCAAUGUGCACAAAGUCAUUAUAAAAAAGUCGCAAAAAAUGAUUUUCGCCGUAUCCAAUGUGGAGGUGUACAAAGUCGAGGGCACCGAAUCGUACGUCAUUUUUGGAGACGCCAAGACGGAUGACAUCACCAACUCGAUCAACAGUCUCCUGCCAGAUAGCCUCCCGAAGGACGGUGAAAUGAUGGACGAGCAGGAGGUAAAUUUCGAGGCCCCUGAAAAAGCGAACGAAAAAGUUCAGGACUUAGACGAAGGAAAAGCGGGAGACGUUUCGAUGGACGACAUUGAGUUAAUUAUGUCUCAGACGAAGUGCACGCGCGAAAGAGCCAUUGAAGUGCUCAAGAAGAACAACAACGAUUUGGUGGAGUCCAUCAUGGAGUUGAGCGGUUAGCGGUUAGUGGUUAGCAGCUAGCGGCUAAACCGCUUUACUGCUUGACUGCUCAACCGCCUAGCGGCCGAGCGCAUGAGAAGAAGAUCCAAACUGGGUGCGUGCGCGUGUAGGUACAUGCCCUUGUGUAUGUACGCACCACAUGCCGCUUCCCACGUGAAGUACUUUUUUUUUUUUUUUUUUUUUUUAUUAUUUUUGCCCCUUCCCACGAGCCCUCCUGUCCCCGCUUUUUAACACUUGCCCAAGUUUACCUGUGCACCUACAUAUGGAUCACGCCUCCUGCGCCAUCUGUGUUCUGUCUGUUUAAAUUCCCCACGUGUAAAAGUGCAAACUGGACGCAUGGCUGUCCUACACGAAUGACUCCACUACACGUAUGGCUAUUCCACACGCAUGACCAGCUUCACGAACAUGUUUCAAUUUUUCCCCCUUUUUAAAAAACAAAAUUGUGAAUCCC